GAGACAAAAGGUAAGGACAUCAUCAAGGGACAGGACGUUCAGGACAUCACCAAGGGACAAAAAAGGUUCAGGACAUCACCAAGAGACAAAAGGUUCAGGACAUCACCAAGAGACAAUAGGUUCAGGACAUCACCAAGAGACAAAAGGUUCAGGACAUCACAGAGAAACAACAGAUUCAGGACAUCAUCAAGAGACAAAAGGUUCAGGACAUCACAGAGAAACAACAGAUUCAGGACAUCACCAAGAGACAAAAGAUUUGGGACAUCACCAAAACACAAAAGGUUCAGGACAUCACCAAGAGACAAAAGAUUUGGGACAUCACCAAAACACGAAAGGUUCAGGACAUCACCAAGAGACAAAAGGUUCAGGACAUCACCAGGAGAAAAAAAAAGGUUCAGCACAUCGCCAAGAGACAAAAGAUUUGGGACAUCACCAAAACAUGAAAGGUUCAGGACAUCACCAAGAGAUAAAAGGUUCAGGACAUCACCAAGAGACAACAGGUUCAGGACAUCACCAAGAGAAAAAAAAAGGUUCAGGACAUCACCAAGAGACAAUAGGUUCAGGACAUCACCAAGAGACAAAAGGUUCAGGACAUCACCAAGAGACAAAAGAUUUGGGACAUCACCAAAACAUGAAAGGUUCAGGACAUCACCAGGAGAAAAAAAAGGUUCAGGACAUCACCAAGAGACAAAAGGUUCAGGACAUCACCAAGAGACAACAGGUUCAGGACAUCACCAGGAGAAAAAAAAAGGUUCAGGACAUCACCAAGAGACAAUAGGUUCAGGACAUCACCAGGAGAAAAAAAAGGUUCAGGACAUCACCAAGAGACAAAAGGUUCAGGACAUCACCAAGAGACAAAAGAUUUGGGACAUCACCAAGAGACAAUAGGUUCAGGACAUCACCAAGAGACAAAAGAUUUGGGACAUCACCAAAAAAUGAAAGGUUCAGGACAUCACCAAGAGAUAAAAGGUUCAGGACAUCACCAGGAGAAAAAAAAAGGUUCAGGACAUCACCAAGAGACAACAGGUUCAGGACAUCACAAAGGGACAGGAUGUUCAGGACAUGACCAAGAGACAAAAGGUUCGGGACAUCACCAAGAGACAAAGGGUUCAGGAUAUUACCAAGAGACAAAAGGUUCAGGACAUCACCAAGAGACAAAAGGUUCAGGACAUCACGAAGGGACGGGAUGUUCAGGACAUUACCAAGAGACAAAAGGUUUGGGACAUCACCAAGAGACAAAGGGUUCGGGACAUCACCAAGAGACAAAGGGUUCAGGACAUUACCAAGAGACAACAGGUUCAGGACAUCACCAAGAGACAACAGGUUCAGGACAUCACUAAGGGAUGGGAUGUUCAGGACAUUACCAAGAGACAAAAGGUUCGGGACAUCACCAAGAGACAAAGGGUUCAGGACAUUACCAAGAGACAACAGGUUCAGGACAUCACAAAGGGACAGGAUGUUCAGGACAUUACCAAGAGACAAAAGGUUCGGGACAUCACCAAGAGACAACAGGUUCAGGACAUCACCAAGAGACAAAAGGUUCAGGACAUCACCAAGAGGACAAAAGGUUCAGGACAUCACAGAGAGACAAAAGGUUACGGACAUCACCAAGAGACAACAGGUUCAGGACAUCACAAAGGGACAGGAUGUUCAGGACAUUACCAAGAGACAAAAGGUUCGGGACAUCACCAAGAGACAAAAGGUUCGGGACAUCACCAAGAGGACAAAAGGUUCAGGACAUCACAGAGAGACAAAAGGUUACGGACAUCACCAAGAGACAACAGGUUCAGGACAUCACAAAGGGACGGGAUGUUCAGGACAUUACCAAGAGACAACAGGUUCGGGACAUCACCAAGAGACAACAGGUUUAGGACAAUUAAGUGAGACAUAACAUUGUGUUGUUGUGUUGAGUUGUUUGUUUGUUGUGCUGUUGUUGUCAUUAUUGUUGUUGUUGUUUAGGUGUUGUUAUGUUGUUGUUGUUGU